UUAAUUGAUUAAAACGGUGACCGGUUUCGGGUGGUAACCCCUGACAAUGGCACUGGGACGAAGGUUGAUCGCGCUGGUGCUAGUGAUUGGGUGUGCACUGGGGCAGCAGUCGAACGAUGACAGUCUACAGUCACUCGACAGUCUGAGCCCCCCGACACCCUCGGUACCGAUCGCGUCGGGCGAAAAGCAGUUCCGGGUCGUGUACGAAUGGAACGUGCUCGAUUUUGCCUUCAGCAAUGAGGACGAACGAGCGCAAGCCCUGUACAGUGGACACUACAUCCCGAAGAACGUGCUCAUCUCCGACUGUAAGCCGUUCGCGAACCGACUUUAUCUAACGAUUCCGCGCAUGCUGCCGGGAGUUCCGGCGACGCUUGGGUACGUUGUGCGGCCGGAAAACAAUGGCCGUACGGAUCCGGAGAUUGUGCCGUUCCCGUCGUGGGAGAUGAACGAACGGGGUAACUGUUCGGCGCUACAGUUUGUCCAGGGCGUAGCGGUGGACAAGCACGGCAUCAUGUGGGUCGUCGAUUCGGGACGCACCGAGACACUAACGCGUGGUAAAGAUCAUGUCGUCUGCCCGCCGAAGAUCCUGUUGCUGGACCUCAAACGCAACGGUAGCAUCAUUCUGCGCUAUCAGUUCCCGGAGUCGGUUGUACCUGCCGGUAAUAAUUACCUCAACAAGAUUGUGGUAGAUGACGCGUUCGGAGGGUUUGCCUACAUCACCGACAACAGUGGUGCCGAUCCAGGAAUAGUGGUGUUUUCGCGCCGACUCCUCAAGUCGUGGAAGGUGCGAGAGAACAAUUCGAUGCGGGCAGCUCGCAAUGCGGUCCGCUUUGCCGUCAACGGUACGGAGCUGAACUUUUCGAUUCACAUUGACAGUAUCGCACUCGGACCAUACUACAAUCCCAACAUUUCCCCGGACCAGCCGGUUUCGGAUACGCUUGUCAACAGCCAGAACUACGAGCGUAACGUCUACUACAGCCCACUGUCCAGCUAUCACGUCUACUCGCUGCCAGCAUCCCUGCUGCGUGACCCGGAGUACAACGCCCGUGCGACCCCUCGCGACAUUCUCGAAGCGGUCGUAGACUACGGUCAAAAGCAGUCGCAAACGGACGGCAUGUUUAUGGACAAUCAGGGUGUGCUGUACUUCGGACUGCUCGGCGAACAUGCCAUCGCCAAGUGGGACAGCUACAAGCCGUUCACGGCGAAGAACCAGCAGAUCAUCGCGAAGGAUGCCACCUACAUCCAGUGGGUGGAUAGUAUGGGCAUCGACCACGAAGGCUACCUGUACGUGGUGGUUAACCGAUUGCACAACUUUGUCGCCGGUCGCCUUAACCCGCUCGAGGUGAACUUCCGCAUACUGCGUGCGAAGACGGGUGCACUCAGCUACGUUUACACGCCGGACAACUUGUUCAACAGCGAUGGGAAGUUCCUGUACUCGGGCGCGUCCGGUGAACCGUUUGCCGACAAUGGGUUGAUUUACCAGUACGAGGGUACAACGCCGGCCUCGAGCAGAUUGGCAGCGGCGGGUAUACUCGGUGGUGCAAGCGGUGCCGCGGUAAAGACAUCCUUCGCCGGAUUUAUUGGUGCCCUUGUCCUGUGCGGCGUGACUAGCAUGUUGGGCCGGUGGGGUGUUGCUUGA